GAGAGAGCGAGGCGGCGAGCGGGGCGAUCGCGAAAGGAAAGGCAAGUUCCAGGGAAAGUUGACUCGGACUGGCACAGCCUGCAAAAAAAAAAAAGUCGAUCGCCGGCGGGAGCAUAAAAGUGCGGGCGGCCGGGGCGCGGCGGCAGCAGCUCUUCCUCCUCUUCCUCUCCCGCUCCGCUCCCUCGCCCGCCCCGCGGCUGAGCGGCCGCAGCGGAGCGCCGCGACCCGCGGGAUCCCCGCGACCCCCUCGGCAGGGCGGCCGAGCCCCAGGGGAGCCGAGCUCGAGCGGGCUCGGCGUUUUUUCGGCUCUGAGGAGGAACCCCGCCAACCAUCAAGAUUUUGUCCAAAAGCAGACAAGAGGAUCGCCCUGCGCUGAGCCGGCUGGUGGGCAGCAGGCGGCGGCUGAUAGCGGCCGGCGCGCUGGGGGUGGUGAUGGUGCUGCUGCUGGUCAUCCUCAUCCCGGUGCUGGUCAGCUCGGCCGGCACCUCGGCGCACUACGAGAUGCUCGGCACCUGCCGCAUGGUCUGCGACCCCUACGGCGGCACCAAGGCGCCCAGCACGGCGGCCACGCCCGACCGCGGGCUCAUGCAGUCCCUGCCCACCUUCAUCCAGGGGCCCAAGGGGGAGGCCGGCCGGCCGGGCAAAGCGGGGCCGCGGGGCCCGCCGGGGGAGCCGGGGCCGCCCGGCCCGGUGGGGCCGCCGGGUGAGAAGGGCGAGCCGGGGCGGCAGGGCCUGCCGGGGCCCCCCGGGGCGCCGGGGCUGAACGCGGCCGGGGCCAUCAGCGCCGCCACCUACAGCACCGUGCCCAAAAUCGCCUUCUACGCCGGCCUCAAGCGGCAGCACGAGGGCUACGAGGUGCUCAAGUUCGACGACGUGGUCACCAACCUCGGCAACCACUACGAUCCCACCACCGGCAAGUUCACCUGCUCCAUCCCCGGCAUCUACUUCUUCACCUACCAUGUGCUCAUGCGGGGCGGCGACGGCACCAGCAUGUGGGCCGACCUCUGCAAGAACAACCAGGUUCGAGCUAGUGCCAUCGCUCAGGAUGCUGAUCAGAACUACGACUACGCCAGUAACAGCGUGGUCCUUCACCUGGAGCCAGGAGAUGAAGUGUACAUCAAAUUAGAUGGAGGAAAAGCACAUGGAGGAAACAACAACAAAUACAGCACAUUUUCUGGAUUUAUUAUUUAUGCUGACUGAUAAUGAGUAAAAAGACCCACCAAACCAGUCGAGAAACGAAGCCUGCUCUUCUAAGCGAUGGAUUGCGUGGCAAAAGUCAAUGAAACAAGCACCCCAGCAGAGUGACCACUGAACACCUCAGCAGUGGGGGGAAAUGUUGAAUGCUACCUGAUUCACAUCUGUGCAACACAGAGAAACCUUAUGUUAAAAACCACAAACCAAGUUAAGCAGAUGUGCGAUCCACUUCCGCCAAAGCAAAUACUUCCUCAUUGUUACGUGUCCGUGUGAAUGAAGUUCUGCAUAGAUCAGAUUUUUAUAGGCAAGGAAAGCCCACCUAAGGACACUGAGUUACUUCUUCAGUGUAUAUGAUACUUUGAUGUGUUAUGAUCUUGCUGCUUUAUCCAUACUUCAGCUUUGGUUCUUGUGACUUACCUGCUAACAAUGAUGCUUGGAGUCCACUCAUAGUGUGGUGAGGAAUGAUUUUACAAUAAAAGGAAGAGGUAAUCAAAAUAUACUUUCUCUCUGCAAAGAAAUUGUUUGCCUUGUACUUUUCUUACCCUUCCACUUAAAACUAGAAACUAAUCAGCUUUAAGCCUUAACUCAAUGUUUCUGUUUUGUAGGUUUACAUUAGACUUUUAACAUAAAAAUCAAACCAGUGGAGUUAUUUAAAUUUUGUCUUUCCCUUAGUUGUCCUCUAAAAGAAAAUGACAGAAGAAAUACUAUUUUCCCCUUUAGAAUAUAACAGUUGACAAACUAUUCUGUUGGACCAUAUCCCUGAUUCCACCAAAGCAAAUGGCUAAAUUCUCACUGCUAUUAGUGGAAAAGGGAUUUUAAUUUGUAUACAUGUAAAUAUAUGUUUAGACAAUUAUUAGAGGCCCACUGUUGAUGGUUAGUUGUGUAAAUAUUUAGAAAGCCUGGCAUCCAUACCAUCAGACUAAGAGGCAGAGUGUUUUCUUUGCAGCAAUUAGUCUUCAUUAGUCUUUUAGCACUUAGUCUGUACCUGGGUUCUAUUUUUAAUAAAAUAGUUAUGGAUUAGUAUAGUGCAGAUGUUCCACUAGAAUUUCAUAGGAAUACAGAUGAUCUUUAUUGUCUUAGGUGUCUUGUCUCACUGAAGUCAGUGGGAUUUUUCCAACAAAGGAAGAGUGGGAGAUCUGACACAUGAGAAAAUGCUGUCACACAGACCUUUUCCAUGGAAGCUAGUACCAGUUUGUGUAAGGUGUGCCUACGAGAUGGACACAGAGAAGCAUUUUACCAAAAAUGAUAACACAUAUGCAAAGAAAGAAGCAGAUAUUUACAUGCAAAAAAAAAAAAAAGUGUGUUAUAAUACCUAUUUUUCUCAUUCAUAUAGAUAUAGAUAUAGAUAUAUAAAGUCUCAAAGAAGCUUAAUCCAUAUAGAGGAUUAAUGGCUUGGAGAAUAAACUAAACAGAGUUACAUAGUUAUAAAAAUGCUUUAAAAUCAGUUAUAGCAGUAAUGUCCACAGAUUAUUUUUUUUUUAAUUCAGAAAAUGGAUUUAUUUGCUUUGGUUUUGGGAGUCUAUUUCUCUUAGGUUAAAACUUUCAGAUUUCAUUCUAAACCUAAAUUUCAGCAAGAUUAUUAAAUUUCUUUAGCACAGUUUGUUAUGUUAUUUAUUUUUACCUUUUGGCAAAAUCAAGGUAACAUUUCUGUAAAUCAUUAAAGAGUAACAGAGGCUACCCCUAGCAUUGCUAUUUCAUAUAUUCUGUCACAAGCAACCUUGUCUAAUGUAAUAAGGGUACAAACUUAGAUUUAUCUGCACUAAAAUUUCCAAAGUGUCUGCCACUCUGACAAAAAAGCUCUCCAGUGCUGGCUACUCAGCAAAAUUCUGAUAGGGAUUUUACACAUUGCCCUAAAAAUCUCGUUUGAAUGAGUGAACCUUUUCUCAAACAGAACGUGUUCCUCCUUCUGCUUUGAGUCGUUCAAUUCCAAACAAACGCCGAGCGAGCCCAGGCUGCUGAGAGGAUCGCCAGGCAAACUCAUCCAGGGUUUACAAGGGGACAUGGUGCUGCCAGCUGCUUGUGUAUUAUCUCACCAGAUGGGCAAUGCUUCUACCUUAUGACAAAGUGCCAGCUCAUGUCUGUGCAUUGUAGUGGUUACUCCUGUUUCAUUUCUACGAGGCGAUUAUUUCAGUACCUGAUGUGCACCUGACUUGUCUGCUCCUCCACUGUUGCUGUUGCUGGCCCGUGCACUCCCACAGCAGUGUAGCUAGAGAUUCCCUGUGUGGUGUCCAGCAGUCCUGCACCUAGAGCUAGAGAUCAUUCACAACCAGCAGUGUGCAUUUACCACGCUGUGUAUUGCUAAAGCUCAACACUACAAGACAUACAUGGUCAAAUCUGAAGAAGCUUCUGAAAUCAGGCUACCACUGCUAUUGGAUAAUGCCAUUUUUUGGAUAAAUCACUUGCCCUGGUUAAAGUUAGACAAGAGCAAAGAACACACUUUAUGUGAAAACCACAUGUAAGGCAAACAUUUCUUCCUUUUUCAUCAUAUCUUGAUAUACUGAUUUGUAAAGACUUAUAUCACAACCUUUGUUAUAACUAAUACAACUCAUUAAAACUGUAUUAUGUAAUAUA